AUGCUGGACAUGCUCUUCAGGGUAACUACAAACCUACCUAUCAAGAUCUUUGUCACUAGUCAACCCAAGCCAGACAUCCAACUCAGGGUGGAGGCACAGUUGGAUGAGAGGCAUUCAGUAUGCCUGCUGCAUGACAUCAAGAAAUCACUUGUGCAAGCUGACAUCAAGCUAUAUCUUCUUGAGCAGUUGGCUAACAGUGCUGUCCCCAAAUCUGACUUGACGCAACUUGCCAGUCUAUCUGGUAGUCUGUUUAUAUACGCCGCCACAGCAGUUUGGUACAUUUGCAGAAAAGGGAAUAUUGUUGAUCAAGCUCAACUGAAAGUUGUCCUCAGACCAUCAUCUAGAUUAAGUUACUGGCACGCUGACAUUGACCGCCUAUAUAGCACAAUCCUGGAUGCUGCAGUUUACAACCCAGAUCAAGAGCCGGAAGAACAAGAACAGAUGCUUACACUACUUUGGACAGCCGUAUGCACUCAAGAGUCUGUCAGCAUCGAUACACUUGCAGCUCUGGCUGUGAUUGAGGUAUCAAAGGCAAUGGUACUACUUCAGUUGCUAUACUCUGUGCUGCACGUGUUGCAUGGGACUAACAUGGUAUCAAUGCUACAUGCAUUGUUCCCUGAUUUCAUAUUUGACAAGGCCUGGUUGGCAAGGUUCUGUCCUAGACGUCUGUAA